GCGAAGUCCUUUACGCCCGCUUCCAGAAGAGGGCGGCCGAACUCUCAGGAGAACCGACCGAGCCGAGGAAGAAAGCAAAGACCUCGGCGAAGACCUCGACGACCACAACCGUUGAGGCGCGCGCUUCUCGCCCCGUGCGCCCUGAGGCUGGUCGGGGAGAGGGCGUGGGCUCUGGCGGAGCCACGAUGGCACCUCCGUGUCCGGUGCCGAUUUCGCAAGUCCCUGGUCGGCGGGAAGCUCCAAAUUCCGACCAGGGAGGGAGGACCUCAACAGAUCUGGCGCUCGCACGCCCUACCUCUACCACGCAGCGGUCCGGUCAGCCGUCUACUCGACCCCAAUUCCCCAGCUCUGAGCCGGGGAAUAGCCAAGAAGCAACGGGGUCGGCCGCACCCAGGCCAGCUGAGGCCGGUCUGGCGGGUUCUUCGGGUCCUCAGGAGCGGGUGCCUUACGCUCCUGGAUGGGCUGUUUUCGAGGGCGACUCGGCCCUCGAUAAUGCACAAGUGGCGCGCGAAGUUCUUCGGGUCGCGCUGCUCCCGGCCGACCAGGCCAAAAUUCGGUCCAUGAACUACGGCGAGUUCAUGGACUCCGCUAUUUGCUCUUCCAUCCGACGCCUCCACGAGACCGAGACGAUGAUUCACAUCAUCCAGGACUAUCGGGACCGGGCCCGAAGGCAUCAAAGGGGGCGCGAGGAGGCCGAAACAAAGUUCCUCGCGUCUGAGGCCGAGCAGAAAGUGCUUCAAGCGAAGCUAGGGGCGGCCGAAGACGAGGUUCGGACUCUGUUCGCCGAACUUGAAGAGGAGAAGGGCGCGCACUCUUUGACUAGGUCCGAAGUGCGCGCCGCGGAGGCCCGCCGGACGGAGGCCGAAUCGUCGCUCGCUAUACGCGAGCAGGAGGUGGGGGAGGCUCGAAUAAAGGUCCGAGAUCUCGAGAUCCAUCUACUUGACGGCUUCAAGGACUUCCGCAAUCAGUUGCGGCGACUUCUCCCAGAUUUCGACCUUAGCCUGCUUCAACCAGGCGCUAGGGUCGAAAACCCAGAAGCGGAGGCGGAGGUAGAGGUUCCAACCUCUGGCGGGACCGACCAGGAGGGUCAAGCUGAAGAAGGCGAGAUCGUUCUCGAGGUCACCGAGGCAGCUCCUAAAGCCACCGUGGGGGCCUCGGCCGCAGUAGAGCCAGCUGUUCCUGAAGUCGCCGGGCCUGAGCCCUUGGUGUAG